AUGGCAGUCGUUGCUAUGCAAAAAAUGGGGAAAGAUUAUUAUCAAGUUCUUCAAUUAACACGUAGUGCAAAAGACAGUGACAUCAAAGCUGCAUAUCGUCGAUUAGCUCUGAAAUUUCACCCAGUUAAAAAUUCAGGUGAUCCAAAUAAUCUCAAUAAAUUCAAUGAUCUUUCUGAAGCAUACGAUGUUUUACAUGAUCAUAAAAAACGAGCGAUUUAUGAUCAAUAUGGUGAUGAAGGUUUGAAAAAUGGUGUACCUAUUGGUCCAAAAAGUGAAUGGAUUGAAGGUUAUACAUAUCAUGGCAAUUCCGAUAAAGUUUUUCGAGAUUUUUUUGGUGGUGAUAAUCCAUAUUCGGAAUUUUAUGCAACUGCAGAUCAAGACAGAAAUUUAGGUUUUGGUGGAUUAGAUGGUCGUGGUCGAAAGAAACAAGAUCCACCAAUAAUACGUGAUCUUCUACUUUCACUUGAAGAUUGUUAUCAUGGUGCUGUUAAAAAAAUUAAAAUUAGCCGACGAGUUAUGAAUGAUGAUGGUAUAACAUCAAGUAUUCGUGAAAAAAUUCUUUCAAUAACUGUUAAACGUGGUUGGUUACCAGGUACAAAAGUAACAUUUGAAGGUGAAGGUGAUCAAGGUCCAAAUACUAUUCCAUCGGAUCUUGUCUUUGUUGUGAAAGAUAAACCACAUACACAUUUACGUCGUGAAAAUACCGAUCUUAUUUAUACAGCUAAGAUUAAUUUAGGACAAGCAUUAACAGGUACAACAUUACAUAUUGAACAUCUUGAUGGAAGAAAACUUGAUGUUCCCAUAAAUGAAAUUGUUAAACCAGGAUAUAAAAAACGUAUACCUGGUCAAGGUAUGCCAAUAAUGACUAAUCCCGAUAAAUUUGGUGAUAUGAUUAUUGAAUUUGAUGUUGAAUAUCCAAAUGGAUUAAAUACCGAUCAAAAAUUAUAUAUUAAAGAAGCAUUAAUAAAUAAUCAACCUAUUAAAAAACAUCAACAAAAUCAGAAUCGAAAAAAACCUGUUACUAAUGAUGAUGAAUAG